AUGGCGCCCGCCUUCGGCCGCUCCAUCUCCUUCCCGCUGAGCCCGGCGCGCUCCUCCUCCUCCUCCUCCUCCUCCUCCUCCUCCUCCUCCACAACCAAGAAACAGGCGCGCCACGUGCGUUCCAUCAGCCUCCCGACCUGCCGCGCCCACCCUCUGCUCGCGCACCUCCACGCCACCACCCGCGCCGUCCGCGCCUGGGCCGCCACCGCCGGCGCCGACCCCUGCACCACCACCUCCACCCCGUCCGCGGGCCUCGCCCACCUCGACGCGCUCCACGCCGCGCUGGCCGAGCUCCUCGUGCUCCCGGAGCCCCGCGCCGGGCUCGCCACCGCCAGCGCCUUCUCGGACCGCCUCCUGGACGGCCUGCUCGCCCUCGCAGACGCGCAGGGCGCGUUCCGGGAGACCCUCGUCGACCUAAGGUGCCACGCCGCCGAGGCCCGAGCCGCGCUGCGGCGCCGUGACGCGGCGCGCCUCGCGUCGGCCGUCCGCGCCCAGCGCAGCGCCGAGAAGGACCUCGCACGCCUCGCGUCCUCCGCGCGCGCCGCCACCAGACUCCCUCUGCUCCCUGUGGCGCCCGCGGCCACCACCGUCGCCGAGGUCGAGGUGUCCGGGGUGCUCGCCGAGGCCCUGGCCGCCGCGGCGUCCGCGUCCGCGGCCGUGUUCUCCGCGCUCGAGGCCGUCUCGUCCGCCGCCACCGCCGCCACCGCGUCUGCUUCCUCCAAGAAACCUGCGGCCACGGCGACGCUCAUGUCUCUGGUCACCAGGAGCAGCAAGGCCGCCGCCGCCUCCGACGAGGACAAGGAGUUGACCGCGCUGGAGAAGAUGGAGCAGCUUGACGAGUGCAUCGCCGAGAUGGAAGCCGGGAGUGACAAGGUGUUCAGGCGCAUCCUGCACACUAGGGUUGCACUGCUCAAUAUUCGCACCCGCAUAUGCUGA